AUGUACAAAAUCCACCGGCAAGGUCAGCCGCUUGGGAAAGAGAAGCCGCCCGCCGGAAAAUCGGUAAUUUUUUCGAUUUUAAGGCGCAUAUUCAUUUAAUAAAAGAUACAUGAACUUACCUUUUCAGCGAGAUUUUUUUAAUUUAUUGGUGAAUAUCAAAUUUUAAUCUACCGCAAAUAUUAUUUGUAAAAAAAGUAGGCCUACGAAAAAUGUGGAUUUUUUUCAAUUUUUUUGAUGGAAAAAGACAAAUUUAACCGAUAAAAAAAUGAAAGUUUUGGAUGUAUAAAGAAAAAAAUCGAAUUUUUUUGAAUUUUCAAAAGGAAAAAGGCAAAUUUCAUCAAAAAUAGGUGUACUUUUUUUGACAAUAUUCGAGGUGUUUGAAUGAAAAAAAUACAGAAUCCAUUCAAAGAAAUGAGCUUCUUGGCCAUAAUAUAUUGAAAAGAAAUCCCAGAAAAAAGUGAAUUUUCUCAAAUUUUAGAGUUGAAAACACAAAAUUCUUUGAAAAAAGGGAAUUUUUGGUCUUUUUUAGAAAUUCUUUGAUUAUUUUUGACCUCUGUAGUUUGUACGGUUAUUUUGGCCUUUCUGAAUUAAUCUGAGAGAAAUUUGCUUGAAAUUAGCUUUGAAGCGGGAAAGACUGAGACCUGACGGCUGUUUUUUCACAAGCAUUUUAGCAGUCAUUUAAAAAAAAAGCCACAAAAUCCUGUACCGGGAAAGUUAUUAGAAGACGUUCUAGAGGUUCCUCAAGGACUAUUUAAGGGGGACACUAAAGGGGCCACUAAAACCACCUCCAAAGAAGCGACUGGUGGCCAUUAGAGUAGCUUCUAGUGGCCCAGUAGUACCACUUAGACUACUAGAAAGGCCACUAACUUUUAGUCCCUCAAGUGGCCACUAAUUUGAUCACUAUAGUGGCCACUAACACGUCAAAACUCUGAGGUGGUCACUAAAAAUUUUCUCAGUAUUUUACUCCUCAAAAUUUUCAAAGACUGGGAAAGUUUUUAGUGGCCACUUUAGGGUUUUGAAGUUUCAGUGGCCACUUUAGUAGUCAAAUUAGUGGCCACUUAAGGGUUUAAAAGCUAGCGGCCACUAUAGAGGUCUAAGUGCUACUACUAGACCACUAAACAUUUUAGUGGCCACUUUAGGGGUCAAUGGAUCAACAUAACUGGUCUAAUCUGUUUGUUUUGAAAUUAUCAAAUUUACUGGAAGGAAUACGGGAUGAAAAACUACUGAAGUGGCCACUAAAACGAAGAACAGUGGCCACUGUAGAGAUGGGUUUAGUGGCCACUUUAGUGUCUUCUCCAAGUAGUCUUCGGAGAGCAUCUAUAGCGGCCACUAGGCAUUUUCCCAGGUAAUCAAAAAUUUCAAGAAAAAAUCAGAAUACAAUGAUAAAAAUUGAUCUUUUUUUGAUAUUCCACCGGUUUUUUUUGCUCCUGACAAUUUCUUGGGCAUCUCCCAGAACAAACACCAAUACAUAGACCCGGCAUAAUGAACCUCGUCAUAGGUUUCGGAUUUCUUGGCCCUUUUUUUUCAUCGAAGAAGUUUUGCCCCGAAGACAAUUUCGUACUCCUACUCCCCCUCCAAUUUAUGAAUGCCUUCUUCGAUUAUUUUGACCCUCAUGGACCUGUGAAGGACCCGUUUUCCAGUCGAAAUGUUCGUUUUUGACAAGGAUUUUAUGAAAAACUGUGUUUCUUUUGGGGUUUUGAGAAAUAGUCAAAAAAAUUUAUGAUUUCAUGAUUUUUCUUUCGAAUUUUUGACCGGUUUUCAACAUAAAAUGUUCGUUUUUUUCUUUUUAAGUUUUUGUGGGAAAAAGUUGUCGUUUUUAGUUUUCUAGUCUUUUUUGAGCAGAGUUCGGAAUUUAUGUACCGUCCUCGUCAAAAUUUCUAACUAAUGAAAAAUUGGAAUUUUCGACGGCAAAAAAAUAUUCGUUUUUUUCAAAGAUUUCAUGAACAAGAAUAGUAGAGAUUUUUUUUAGUUUUUUUCAUCAAUUUUUUUGAAGAGAAAUGGGAGUUUUUUUAAAAUAUUUAUAUCAAAAAGUGUAGUGGAAACUUUAUUUUUUUUAGUUUUAUAGUCUUUUUUUCGAGUAGGAAUGUGAAUUUUUUUCAUGUUUUUUUAGAGAAAUUUAUGAUUUUUUUCGUGAUAAUUUUAGCCUUUUUUUGACUUGAAAAAUGUUCGUUUUUUUAAGAGUUGAUAGAAAAAAAGUAACGUCUUUUUUUGUAGAAAUGUAAAUUUUUUUAUUGCCUUUUUUUCAAAAUUGUAUCAUUUUUUUCCGAUGCAAUUUGGGCUUUUUGUCGCCUAAAAAUGUUCGUUUUUUUGAGGUUUUUUUAUGGGAAAAACUGGGGUUGAAAAACUCGGUUUUUUGGUUUUUUGAAUGAGAUUUUUGAGCAGAAAUGAUAUUUUUUUCUUAAUUUUUUUCUUGGAAAUAAUGAUUUUUUUCAUGUUUACCAAGCUUUUUUUGAACAGUAAAUGUUAGUUAUUUCCUGACUAUAAUGGAAAAAAUAAAGGUGGGAAAAGAUUAUUUUGUAGCUUUGAAGCAGGAAUAUCCGCUAAUCAGAUGAGAUUUUCGAAAAAUUCUUUAAAAAUUUUUUUUCAGUUUCGUGUUUUGACUGUAAAAUACACUUUCAAGGGAAUAUAUUAGAAAUUUAUCUUUGGUUUUAAAUUUUUUCGACUUUUCAGAAGUCGAAAAAUGCGGACGACGAUGAGAAGACAAAGGUUAAGGUCGGUUUUUCCCUUCAAAAUCAAAUUUUCUCUCAAAAAAAUAAGGGUUAUCAGGGAUUUUUUUCAUUUUUUUAGAUUAAUUUUGACAUGAAAAAAAGGGGUUUUUUUCAGGAUUUUUUUAGUAAAAAGGAAGAAAAAAAUGAUAAGAUGCCUUUUUUUGUCCCUCUAGGGACCACUAAGGACAUUAGCAUGACCCCUACAGGGGCCACUAAUUGAAACCCCAAUAGGGGCCACUUUUUGCAAGCUUUAGUGACCCCUCUAGGCGGAGGAAAGGCGGUCCCUAGAGGGGAACCUUCAGCGGCCCCUUCGGCUGCCCCUAUAGGGACCACUCUGGAACUCCUAUCUUCCCCUUUUAGAAUAAAUUUUUCACAAGAAUUUUCAAGUUUGGAAAAAAAUUCAUUAAUUUUUGCCCAGAAAUUGCAGAUCAAAUUUUUCUCACAUCCCAUUUUUUUUAAUACUUCUCCAGAAACGGUAAACUACCUUAAUUGCAAAAAUCGAAUUUUUCUCUCAAAAAAUGAGUAAAAAAUAUUAUUUAGUGAUUUUCAUGAAAAAAAAAAUGUUUUUCAGGAUUUUUUUCCUUCUUGAAAAUGGAAUAGUAUUACUAAGGUACCUUUUAACUUCGUCCCUCUAGGGGCCACUAACUGAAAUCCCUAGAGGGACCACUUUUGCAAGCUUUAGUGGCCCCUGGCAUGCUAUAAAUCACGGACGUUCACAAAAUGCGACCGCUUUUUAUGGGUAAUUCACUGCAAAUUAAUAAAACACGGGCGUUUCUUGUUUUUAUCUUUUUCAUUAUUUCAGACUUAUUUUUUCUAGUUUUGUAGUUUUUCCUAUUUUUCCUGUGGUAAGAAACGAUUCAAUAAAGUACUAUGACGAAAUUUUUAAUUUCAUAACGAUGAUUUUUUUUAAUUGCUUAAAAAAUACUUCUGAGAUUCUAAAAAAACAUUUUAUUCAAUUCAUAAUUCUGUAAUAAACCGGAAAUCAGUUGGAAAAUUGAAUAUGGGACAAAAUAAACCUUGAAAAAUGAUUCAAAAAAAAGAUAUUGUCAAAAAUACAAAAGGGGCAGCACUGUAGUGUUCGGACAGCAAUAGAAAAAUGAAAAACUAUUUUUUUAUUUCAAAAGAAAAAAAUAAAAAAAUCCAAAAAAUCCCUAGAGGGAAACCUUCAGCGGCCUCUUUGGUUUCCCCUAUAGGGACCACUCUGGAGUUCUUAGUUUCUUCUUUAAAAUCGCUUUGACAAAAAAAUAUUCAGACUUGAAAAUAAUCGUUAAUUUUUGGAGGAACGAUAUGUAAUGAACAAAACGCUCCUUAAUUUUAUUUUCUGUAUUUAUACUAUUACGGAAAUAGUAAACUACGUUAGUUGCAAAAAAAUCCAUUUUUUUCGCUCAAAAACAUAAGUUAAAAAAGAAGUUUUAUUCAUUUUCAAAAAAAAGAAGGAUUUUUUGCAGGUGGCGACAGUUCAAAUCGAGAACGACGAUGAGGAAAUCCGACGGAUGGAGCGAAAAAAACGGACCCAGGAAGACAUGGUCGCCGAUUUCGUCAAAAUUUUGGAGCAAAUGAGUCGGUUUUCUUCUUUUUCCAAUGCAAAUUCUGAACAAGGAUGGUUCACGUUUCAGGAAAAACCAUUUAAAAAAAGUAGAAAUGAGAAAAAUUUGAUUCGAAAGGCAUUAUACCUCCCAAAAAAAGAGAAGUUUUUUUAUAAAGACCGAAAAAAAUUAAACUUGUAAAAAAAUAAGUAAAAAUCCAUAGGUCGAAAUGAUGAUUUUUUUCGAAAUUUUUCAUAUCAGGUUUUUUUCAUAUGAAAAAAAUCUUGAAAAAAAUUUUUUUAUUCUGAACCAGAUUUUUAGCUCAAAAUUUGAAUAAAAAAACAGCUCGAAAAAUGGUUUUUUUUUUCGUCUUUUUUCGUUCAUUUUUCAUCCGUCUGACCUGUCUGCACCCUCUCUCUCACUCUCUAGAAAAUGAGCAGAAGUGAGAGAGGAGAGAGCGCAGACAGGUUAGAGCUUAUCGGAUGAAAAAAAAUAUUUUUGUUUCUGAAAAAUUUCGGCGUCUUUACCAAACAAUUUUCAACCCUCUGACUCUUCUGUGCCCUCUUUUUCUCUCCGAGUUAGAGAGAGGGAAUGAGAAGAGGGCGCAGACAGGUUAGAGCAUUUUUGAUCAGAAGUUGGUUUUAGCUCAAAAUUUGAAUGGAAACAGAUCGAAUUUUUUUUUCGUCUUUUUUCGCUCAUUUUUCUUCCGUAUGACCUGUCUGCACCCUCUCUCUCUCUCUCUCUCUAUCUCUCUAGAAAGUGAGCAGAAGUGCAGAGAGAGGAGAGGUUAGAGCUUUUCGCAUUUUCUGUCAUUUUCCAACCUCUGAAUAAAUCUCAAUUUUCCUCAGUGAACCCUCGCCAAGCGGUGACGUCAUUCAUCGCGGCGGCAAUGGGUCUCGCCGCGAUUAUCGUGGCCCUGAUUUAUUUUGGCGGCCUGCCAGAAAAUGCCGAACGGGCCCGGCAACUCGUCGUGAUCCUCAUGGUUUAUGGUGAGAAAUUUGAUGAAAAUUCCUUUUUGCGCAUAAAAUUACUUUGCUGUUUCACAGUUUUGACAAGAGCCUUUUGAAUCAGUUGUUUCCCGUUUUUGAUGCGCUGCAAUAUUUGGAAAAAUUCAAAAAAUUAGACAUUUUCUGGGAUUUUUUUAAAGUCAUUCAAGAAACGUCAAAUAAAUAAAAAAAUUAAAAAAACGAGGAAAUUCUGAGGGACCCCUAUAGGGGGUUUGUUACAAUCGUGACCCCUCUAGGGGGGCAGAACAGGCCCGCUUUGAAACCCCUAUAGGGACCCCUCAAAAUUUUCUCAGAAGAUUCUGAAACUUCCUGAAAACGACUUUUUGGUCUGAUGAUAGUCGAUCAUUUAAAAAUGAAAAAUGAAGAAAAUAACUUCACUGUUUCGAAAACGUAACAAAAUUCUUUUGAGUCAUUUUUUUUACGAUCAAGUAAGCUUAUACUUUCGAAAAUUCAUAAAAAUUUAGACUUUUUCCAAAAAAAUUCAUGAAAAAUUGGAAGAGGCGCGGCCAGCCAAUCAGAGCAGUUGGGCGCCCUAAAAAGGCGAAAAAAAAUUAGCAUUUCUUACUGUUUCAAAAAAUGAUGAUCAAUAAUGGAAUUAGCAGUGAAGUAAUGGUUCAGGAGUUAUCGUAUCUAUCGAUAUACAUUUUUUUUUUUCAAACAACGGAAUUUUUGAUUUUCUUUUGUAUAGUAGAUAAUUUACCUGUUUCACGAGAUUUAGAUCAUCUUUCUCAUCAAAAAAAUUUUAAUGAUAGCAGAAAGGAUAAUAUUUUGAUUGGAAUGUUGGAAAAAUUCGAUCGUUUUUGAAAAAUUUUUCAAUUUUUUUCAGUUCAAAAAUUGUUCAAAAAUGCGUAGAAUCAUCAAUUUUGGUUAGUUUUUCAAGUUCUGAAAAAAACCAAACAAUGGUCAAAAAUAGGAGAUUUUCUUUUUUCAAUAAAUUUCAUGUCAACUUUUUUUAAAAAUUUGCCCUGAAAUCGGAAUUCGUCAAGUGCAAAAUCAGGAUUUGAGAGCAUUUUUUUCUGGAGAAAUUGGAAAAAAAUCUAUGGAAAAAAAGUGAAUUUUUUUGUAAAUUUAGUGACCAGAAUUUGGAAAAACUGACCUUGAAUAGAUACUUCAAAACCGUUAAAACCUUUAUAAAACUCAUUGAAAAAUAAGCUUAAGCGAAAGAUCAGGGAUCCCAGAGAGUCUGCAGAGAAUUAGAGUCGUUUUUCUCUGACGCCCCUUCAGACCGCCCUUGUCUCUCUUUUCUUUCAAUUUUUCCCGGGUUCAACAAGAGAUAACGGUCGUCUGAAGAGAGUUUAGAGAAGAAGAGUCACUUUUUUUCUCUGACGUCUCUUCGAGAAGUACUGAUCUCUCGUUUUUUCACUAGGAAGCGUCGUUUACACCUUAAAAACCUGAAAACUGGAAAAAAUAAGCAUCCUGAAAAACCGACAAGGCUGAUUUGAUCUCAUGACCGCACUAGGAAUGGCUCCUGAUUUUUUUUCAGUUUGAAAAUGAGCUUUUUCGUUUUUUAGAAUGCUCCUUUUUCCGUAAAAAAACUGUAUGAAACCAAUUUUUUUUAAUUUUUUCCGUUUUAAAGAUCAUUUUCCUUGAUUUUUAAAUCUUUAGGAUCCCUUCAAAUCGCCCUGGCCACCGCCUUUUUCAUCACCUGCAUGCAGACGACGAUCGCCGUGUCCAAAGGAGUCAAGGUGACUUCACUGUUUUUGUAAGAGGAUUAAAAUAAAAUGUAAUCGAAAUCAAUUAUUAUCCUUUUUAAACCGGUAAAGGAAUUUUUAGUGUUUGAAAUAUUUUUCUUCAGAAAUUCGAAGUUUCCGUCAGAGAAAGAGAAAGAUAACUGAAUUUUGGAGAGUCAGAGAAAUUUUUUUCUGUUUUUUCAGGCUAUUUGAGCCUCAGUCGGGCUAAAACGGGAGAAAAACAGUUGUUAAAAAUAGGUUAUCCAACGGGGCUGAAACGGUUUCUCAACUGGGGUGAAAGUUCUACCAGCGGUUCUUAUACGGGCUAAAUACGGGUGUACCCGCUUAGAGCCCGUAUUAGCAAAGCUAGGCUUCCCUCAACAUCAUGAGAGAUUUUUGGGGGUUUUUUUUCCAGAUUUUUUGAGGAUUUCUCUCCCUCUGUCACUUUUUUAUCACGUUUUUCCGAUCAUUUUUUCUAAAAAAAGAGGCGUCAGCUAGAACGGUCGUCUGAAGAGAGUUUAGAGAAAAAUAAUAUCUUUUCAUCUCUGGCGUCUCUUCGGACUGCCCUUGAUCUCUCGCUUUUCUUUUUCUUCCUUGCCCUUUUUCGAAAGUAAUAGUCAAAUAUGGAAGGUGUUCAUAGCUUCGGACGGCCAAAUUUUUACUCAAAGAUGAAAUUUCCAGGACGCCUUCCAAAUCGUCCUCGGCCUUCUAGUGGCCCUCGUCUAUGUCGCCGUCACCGUCGUUUCUCUCGUCGUCGGGAUUUUCGGUUGGUUUUUUGAAAGAUUUUCUGGAAAAUACGGACGGUUAUGAUUGUGUUGGUUCAUGAAAAUCUAGGUUGUAAGCAUUGUUAAUGAGGUUAGGCUCUCUAGAGACUUUACAGAAUUCUUGAGGCUUAUUCUAAAUAUUUAAUAAAAGGAAGACUGAAAAAAUCAAGGUCAAAGUUGGAAAAGAAAUCCUGAAAACUGGAAUCUGUAAAGUACGGACGGUUAGGAUUAUGUUGAAAAACGAAAAAGCAAGAUUUAAAAAAAAUUUUUCUGGAAAUUUUUCAUGUCAAGGGAAGACUUUCUAAUGAGAUUAGGCUGAAAGGUCAAGGCCUAAGUAGGAAAAAUAAUCUUGGAAACUGUAAUCUGUAAAAGUACGGACGGUUUAAUGUAUGUGUCCUCGGAAAAAAACGAGGAUUUUUUAAUAAUUUUGAAAAUUAUCAGAUUUUAAUGACUCUUUUAUUGAGAUUAGGUUCCCUGAAAUCAGUUUUUAGCCCGAUUUUUUGAAUCUGUAAUCCAAAAAAGGCCGGAAAUGUCAGUGAAAUAAGUUAAGGGCUAUCAAAAAUAGAUUACUCUUUCAAUUUUGAAUUUUGAAUUUUAUUAUCUUUACUGUAUAUAGAAACUUAAUCCAGGAUCGCUUUUUCGGAAUUUUUUUCAAGCUUAAUAAUAAAAAAAUAAUAUCAAUUAUAUGAAGAAAAAAAUCAAGUAUGAUCAUCGGGGACAGCUCUAUUCACCAAUAAAAAAAUUUUUUCUUUCAUUUUCAAAAAAAGUAAAAAAAUUUUUUUCAUUAACCUUAAUUUUAAUAUAUAUUUGAAAUGUUCCUCAGAUACGUAGAAAAUGGAAAUUUGGACAAAUUUUCGAAUAAUUGAUUUUUCAGGGUUCUACAAGACGCUCUGUAUCGUCUCGUACGUGGAGUUCGUCGACCCGACCUCCGAAUUUUUUUGCCCUCCCACGAUUUUCUACACUUCUUUGAUCGUCUUCAUCCUCCACAUCGUUCUCAUUGUCGCCAAAUGUUGCUGUUGUAAAUAA